AGCCGCCAUCUUGUCGCGGCUCGGUCAGCGCCGGAGAUCUCCGGGGCCCUAAGAGGAGGAUAGGGGAGGAGAGGGCCGCCAGCCCGGACAGCGGGGGACUCCGGAGGCGGUGGGGGGCAGCUUCCUCUCCCCCCCCCCCAGCCGGAGGAGGACACCGCGUAUUUCUCUCAUCCCAGGCCCCGUUUGGUGGCGGUAGCGGCGGCUCCUUUUUGUUUUCCCUCCCCCUCCCGGAGGAGGAGGAAGCAGCAGCGGCCGCACGGUUGCGUGGGCGGGUGGAGAGAACCGGAGGAGGAAGGGGGAGGGGAGCUGGGACCGAGGCCUGACGCAACCUCCCGGGCCUACCCUCGGCCUGACACCCCGCCGGCCGCCGCUCUUGGGGGGCUGGAGCCCCCACAUUUAUCGUCUCUCUACCUUCACGUCCUGACCACUGGGGGGCGCCACCGCAUCACACACGGUGCUCGUCACAUCUGAGGGACACUGAUUUUUUUUUUUUUCGGGGGGUCCGAACUGAUAUUUGGGGGUUCCCCAUAGUCGAUCGUCUGCACUUACAGCCUGUGACCUGUAGGGGAGCUGUAGUUUUUAGGUGCGCUUCAGUCGCAGAGAGCUGAUCAUAGAUCCCUGGACUAUCGGGGGUCCCGAGCGCAGAGUCGGGGGGUCCCCAGCGGGCGGAGUAGAUUGUUGGGGUGCACAGGGCGGUGUAUUGGGGUCCCCCAGGCCGGUGUGACAUCACUGCUCGGAUCGGGGGGCUCAGGCCGGGGCCCCCCAGGGAUGCGGGACUCGGGGGGCUGUUAGGUGCCAGUAAGAAGCCGGGAGGGAGGUGGUGGCAGGGCCGGGGCAUCCCCCCCUCCUCCUCCCCUGUACGCUGCUCCUCCUCCGGGGAGGGAGUCUUGUCUGUCUUCGGUGACCGAUCAGAAAAGGGGAGAAGAUGGCCGAGAACCUGCUGGAAGGGCCGCCCAACCGGAAGAGACCCAAGCUCAGCUCCCCGGGCUUCUCCGCCAGCGCGGACAGCACAGAAUUUUCUUUCUUUGACCUGGAAAAUGACCUUCCCGACGAGUUAAUUCCGAAUGGAGAUCUCAGCCUCUUGAACACUGGUGGAGGACUAGGACAAGAUGCCGCGUCCCAGAACAAGCCGCUUUCUGAUAUUCUUCGCGGAGGGAAUCCAGCACUGGGCGGGGGCAUGGGAAGAGGGGGCUCCGGUAGCCCUGUACAACAAACUAUGGGAGGUCAAGGCCAGCAAAACAGCCCAGGACUUGGCAACCUGGGAGGCCUCAACAAGAGCCCGCUCAACCAAGGACUGGCUGCCAAUUCUCCAUCUGGAUUAAACAAGCCUACGACUGGCACCUCCGGUCCAUCUGGUCCUAACUCUCAAUCUCAAAAGCAAGUUGGCAUGGUGGCGGGCAGUCCUGCCGCCCAGCAGGCAUCUGCGGGUAUCUGCAUGAACUCCAACUUUAACCAAGGGCAUCAAGCACUGUUGAAUAACAACUCUGGGCACACACUAAUGAGCCAAGCCCAGGCGCCACAGGGACAGGUACUGAAUGGCUCGCUAGGACCUGGAAACAGAGGUCGGGGUGCGGGCUUACAAUACAAUUCACCUGCCAUGCAAGCCAAUCCUGGGAGUGUUCUUGCCGAAACGUUAACCCAAGGGACGGCGACCAUGCCGACUCACACAGGAAUGACCACCACCCAGCCUGGACCCAUGGCAAAGAUGGGACUCCAAGGCAACAAUGGCCCUUUUGGACAAACGUUCAACCAAUCACCGGGGCAGCAAAUACGAGCCCAGGGAGUAAAUCCUCAGCUUCCCACCAAGCCUGCCAUGGCAAAUAACCUUACUCCGUUCCCUUCUGAUAUGAAAAGCUCACCUGUCGCCAAUGUUCCUAAUAUGUCUCCUUUGCAAGCGCAAGUUCAACAAGUGGGCCUAGGCACUACACCCUCUAUGGGGACCGGCCCCACGGCCGACCCAGAAAAACGCAAACUCAUCCAGCAGCAACUCGUUCUCUUGCUGCACGCCCACAAAUGUCAACGGCGCGAGCAAACCAAUGGUGAGAUGCGGGAUUGUGCCCUUCCCCACUGCCGUACUAUGAAGAACGUGCUGAAUCACAUGACUCACUGCCAAGCCGGGAAAGCUUGCCAGGUUGCUCAUUGCGCUUCCUCCAGACAAAUAAUUUCUCACUGGAAGAACUGUACGCGGCAUGACUGUCCUGUGUGCCUCCCUUUGAAGAAUGCCAGCGACAAAAGGAACCAACAACCCAUCCUUGUAUCCCCUUCCAGCGGAGUGCAGAAUCCCAUCGGUGCAGUGGGGGGAACCCAACAGACCGCUCCUACAAUCAACAGCCCUAAUCCUAUUGACCCCAGCUCCAUGCAAAGGGCAUACGCUGCACUGGGUCUUCCAUACGGUAACCAGUCUCAGGGCCCUGGGCAGCAGCAGGCACAGUCUCAAGUUCAUCAGCAGAUACGUGGCAUCAAUGCACUGAGUGGUAAUCAGAUAAACCUCUCUGCCAGCGGGAUGGCUACAGAACAGACUAGCCUGAUCUCUGAAGCUUCUCUUCCCACUGCCCUGGCAAAUACAAACUCCUUGUUGAGUGAUGGUAACAAUCCCAGCACUGUUGGCAACUUAGGUACCAUGCCUACAGCAGCACCACCAUCUUCAACGGGGGUAAGGAAAGCCUGGCAUGAGCAUGUGACCCAGGACCUCCGAAACCAUCUAGUCCACAAAUUAGUCCAAGCAAUCUUCCCCACUCCUGACCCUGCUGCCCUGAAAGAUCGCCGGAUGGAAAAUCUGGUGGCUUAUGCAAGAAAAGUGGAGGGUGACAUGUACGAGUCAGCCAACAGUAGGGAUGAAUACUACCAUUUACUUGCGGAAAAAAUCUACAAAAUCCAAAAGGAACUUGAAGAGAAAAGAAGGUCUCGUUUGCAGAAGCAGGGUAUUCUGGGCAACCAGACCGCCCUACAGACACCUGGUACACAGACUCCCGCUCUUCCACAGCCAGCUGCUGCUCUUGGCCAAGCACAGCCUGUCCGGCCAGCCAAUGGCCCCCUCCCAAUGUCUCCAGUUCCUAUGAGUCGAAUGCAGCUGCCUUCAGGAAUGAAUCAGUUUAAUAACUUGCCCAUUGGAAAUGUACAGAUUCCUCCUGCUCCUAUGGGACCUCGGGCAGCAUCCCCACUCAACCACCCCACCCAAAUGAACAACAUGGGAUCGGUGCCAGCUAUGGCAAUGUCUCCUUCACGCAUGUCCCAGCCGCAGACAAUGAUGGGUGCACAUGGCAAUAAUCAAAUGGGUCCAGCACUGACGCAAAAUCAGUUCUUGCAGCAAGGACAGUUUCCGACCAGUAAUGCAGGCCUAGGAGUGACGCUGGGACAGACGGGAGCGGCGGCGGCGGUGUCACAGCAGGGACAAGCACCCACAGCAUCUUUGCCAAUCAGUAACUCCAUGAACAUAAUGGGGCCUCAAACCAGUCAGCUUCAGAGGCCAGCCCUCUCCCAGUCUCCCCUCCAUCAGACCCCUCCUUCAGUAAAUGCUGUUGCUGCUAUGCCGCCUGUUCAGCACCCAACGCCAGCAGGCAUGACACCACCACAGCCAGCAGCACCAGCCCAGCCAUCCACUCCGCUGCCACCAGCUGGACAGACCCCAGCUCCCACACCUGGCUCCGUCCCCAAUGCCAUGCAGACACAGAGCACCCCAACGGUGCAAGCUGCUGCCCAGGCUCAGCUCACUCCACAGCCUCCUACACCUGUGCCCAGCCAAUCUGUGCCCACACCACAGCCAUCUCAGCUGCAACCAGCCUCUGUGCAUGCAGCAGCCCCUGGCACUCCACUUUCCCAGGCAGCUGCAAGUGUUGACAACCGUGUGCCUACUCCUGCCUCGGUAGCCAGCACCGACAACCAGUCAGCCCCUGAUCAUCCGGUGAUUGAGGUCAAACAAGAGAUCAAAACUGAGGAGCCAGAGCCUUGUGAAAACCCAGUGGAGCCUAAAACAGAGGUAGAAGAGGUACCCGCUCAGGUGAAGGAAGCACCAGUGGAAGGAACAGAAACUAAAACGGAACCAAUGGAAGUUGAGGAAAAGAAGCCAGAGGUAAAAGCUGAACCCAAGGAAGAAGAGGAGGAGAAUGCAAGUAAUAACACUACCCCUCCGUCCGUAUCACCUUCUCAGCCACGGAAAAAGAUAUUUAAACCAGAGGAACUACGCCAAGCCUUGAUGCCUACCCUUGAAGCACUAUAUCGGCAAGAUCCAGAGUCAUUGCCUUUCCGACAGCCAGUUGAUCCACAGUUGCUGGGCAUACCAGAUUACUUCGAUAUUGUGAAGAACCCAAUGGACUUAUCAACAAUAAAACGAAAGCUUGAUACAGGGCAGUACCAAGAGCCCUGGCAGUACGUGGAUGACGUGUGGCUCAUGUUUAACAAUGCCUGGCUGUAUAACCGCAAGACUUCCCGGGUUUACAAAUACUGCACCAAGCUUGCCGAGGUGUUUGAGCAGGAAAUUGACCCUGUCAUGCAGUUGCUGGGCUAUUGCUGUGGACGGAAGUUUGAGUUCUCACCACAGACAUUGUGCUGUUACGGGAAGCAGCUUUGUACGAUCCCUCGGGAUGCCGCCUACUACAGCUAUCAGAACAGGUAUCACUUCUGUGAAAAGUGUUUCACUGAGAUUCAGGGGGACAACGUAACACUAGGAGAUGACCCUGCCCAGCCUCAGACGACAAUCUCUAAAGAACAGUUUGAGAAAAAGAAGAAUGACAUGCUGGACCCGGAGCCGUUUGUGGAUUGUAAAGAAUGUGGGCGUAAAAUGCAUCAGAUUUGUGUGUUACACUUUGACAUCAUAUGGCCGUCUGGAUUUGUUUGCGACAACUGCUUGAAGAAAACUGGAAGGACACGGAAGGAGAACAAGUUUUGUGCAAAGAGACUCCAAACAACUAGGCUCGGAUGUCAUCUGGAGGACCGUGUAAAUAAAUUCCUUCGGCGACAGAAUCACCCUGAAGCUGGAGAGGUGUCGGUCAGGGUGGUGGCCAGUUCUGAUAAAACGGUAGAAGUCAAACCUGGCAUGAAAUCCAGGUUUGUAGAUACAGGUGAGAUGCCGGAGUCCUUUCCAUACCGUACUAAGGCACUUUUCGCCUUUGAGGAGAUUGAUGGAGUGGACGUGUGCUUCUUUGGCAUGCAUGUGCAGGAAUAUGGUUCAGAUUGCCCUCUUCCCAACACCAGACGAGUGUACAUCUCAUACCUGGACAGUAUUCACUUCUUCCGGCCACGUAGCCUCCGAACAGCAGUUUACCAUGAGAUACUCAUUGGAUAUCUGGAAUAUGUGAAGAAGCUUGGUUAUGUCAUGGGACAUAUCUGGGCCUGUCCUCCUAGUGAAGGCGAUGACUAUAUAUUUCAUUGUCACCCACCUGACCAGAAAAUUCCAAAACCUAAACGUUUACAGGAGUGGUACAAAAAGAUGUUGGAUAAAGCUUUUGCAGAGCGCAUUAUACAUGACUAUAAGGACAUAUUUAAGCAGGCCACGGAGGAUCGCCUUACCAGUGCGAAGGAGCUUCCAUACUUUGAAGGGGACUUUUGGCCUAAUGUUCUGGAAGAAAGCAUUAAAGAACUAGAGCAAGAGGAAGAAGAGAGGAAAAAGGAGGAAAGCACAGCAGCCUGCGAGACCCCAGAGGUAAAGAAUCCAGCUGGCUGCCAGGGAGACAGCAAGAACGCCAAGAAGAAAAACAACAAAAAGACCAACAAGAAUAAAAGCAGUAUGAGCCGGGCUAACAAGAAGAAAACUAGCAUGCCCAACGUGUGCAAUGAUCUGAGCCAGAAACUCUAUGCCACCAUGGAGAAGCAUAAAGAGGUGUUUUUUGUGAUCCACUUCUAUGCGGGUCCAGUCAUCAACUCCCUUCCACCUAUUGUGGAUCCAGAUCCACUCCUGAGCUGUGAUCUGAUGGAUGGACGUGAUGCGUUUCUGACUUUGGCCCGUGACAAGCACUGGGAGUUCUCCUCGUUGCGUCGCUCCAAGUGGUCCACGCUGUGUAUGUUGGUGGAGCUGCACACACAGGGACAAGAUAGAUUUGUGUAUACCUGCAAUGAAUGCAAACACCAUGUGGAGACACGCUGGCACUGUACUGUGUGUGAGGAUUAUGAUCUGUGUGUGAACUGCUACAACUCGAAGAGUCAUGAGCACAAGAUGGUCAAAUGGGGUCUGGGUCUGGAUGAUGAGAGCAAUAAUCAAGGAGAAGCGCAGUCGAAGAGCCCACAGGAAUCACGGCGUCUGAGCAUCCAGCGGUGUAUCCAGUCGUUGGUGCACGCCUGCCAGUGUCGCAAUGCCAACUGCUCGCUACCUUCCUGUCAGAAGAUGAAGAGGGUUGUUCAGCAUACAAAGGGCUGCAAGCGCAAGACCAAUGGAGGCUGUCCUGUCUGCAAGCAGCUUAUUGCGUUGUGUUGCUACCAUGCAAAACACUGCCAGGAGAACAAGUGCCCGGUUCCUUUCUGUCUCAACAUCAAACAAAAGCUACGGCAGCAACAGAUACAACACAGACUGCAGCAGGCGCAGCUCAUGAGGCGGCGAAUGGCUACCAUGAACACACGAACAGUUCCUCAGCAGCCUCUUCCUUCCCCUACGCCUGCAACUCCUGGAACACCCACGCAGCAGCCCAGUACUCCACAAACUCCACAGCCGGCCCCUCAGCCUUCUCCUGGAGGAAUGGCCUCACCAGGCUUCCCUAGUGUGGCUAGGACUCAACCUCCCAAUGUGUCGUCACAGGGAAAGCCAACAAAUUCACUACCUGUAGUUCCUCCUUCCCAGCCUACUGUCCAGCCGCCUCCAGCUGCAGUUGCAGCCGCUCGGCAGAUAGAGCUGGAGGCACAACAGCAGCAGCAGCUAUAUCGGGUCACGAAUAUUGAGGGCAUGCCUGGCGUACGCCCAGGCAUGGUAAAUCCAACCGUCGGACCAGUAAAUCCUUUGCAGCAAAUGGGUAUGAAUGUGCCACGUCCUGGUCCGCUCAAUGCCCCGCCCAUCAUGCCAGGUAGGCAGCCAGGACAGUGGUCCGCGAAUCCAAUGCCUCAGCAGACUCAAAUACAGCAAAAUAUCCCGCGUCCGGCCGUGAUGCAAAUGACUGCUGCCCAGCAAGCAGUGGCAGGGCCUCGAAUGCAGGGGGUUCCGCAGCAGCAGCCACGUAACAUAUCCCCUAAUGCUUUACAAGAUCUUCUGCGAACCCUAAAGUCUCCCAGCUCUCCCCAGCAGCAACAGCAGGUUCUCAACAUAUUAAAAUCGAACCCCCAGUUAAUGGCUGCUUUUAUUAAGCAAAGAACUGCAAAAUAUGUGGCCAACCAGCCCGGCAUGCAGCCUCAGCAGGCGCCGCAGCAGCCACCGCAGCCACCUGGCAUGCAUCCUCAGCCCAGUCUGCAGAACAUGAAUCCCAUGCAAGUUGGCGUGCAGAGGCCCAAUGUUCCACAGCAACAGCCAGGGAUGAACCCCCAGAGCCAAGGCAUCGGUCUCAUGAAUUCAGGUCACAACCCCAGUUUAGCAAAUAUGAACUCGCAGUAUCGAGAAAUGUUACGGCGGCAGAUAAUACAGCAGCAGCAACAACAGCAGCAGCAAAGCGGAGCGGCCAUGGCAGGUGGGAUAGCAGCUCAUGGGCAGUUCCAGCAACCGCAGGGAGGAUACCCGCAGUCUCAGCAGGCACUGCAGCAACAGCGUAUGCAACACCUCUCCAUUCAGAGCGGACCUAUGGGACAGAUCUCGCAGAUGGCACAGCAGGGAUUGGGCACAGAUGGAACACCGCCAAGCCUUCAGCAAGCAAUGCUGCUUCAGCAACAGCUCAAACAGCAGAUAGUUUCCACCGGGCAGCCUAAUCCCAUGAGUCCUCAGCAUCACCUCCUGACAGGCCAGCCCCCUAAUGCCCAUCUUCCCCCUGGCCAACAGAUUGCCACCUCCCUAAGCAAUCAGGUGCGCUCGCCUGCCCCCGUCCAGUCCCCCCGCCCCCAGUCACAGCCUCCACAUUCCAGUCCUUCACCUCGUGUACAGCCGCAGCCUUCUCCUCACCACGUCUCACCACAGACUGGCUCGCCUCACCCAGGACUGGCAGCUUCUAUAGGAACCUCCUUAGACCAGGGUCACCUAGGAAACCCCGAACAGAGCGCCAUGCUGCCCCAGCUGAACCCUCCCAACCGUGGCGCCCUCACAAAUGACUUGUCUCUUGUUGGAGACACUUCAGGGGAUACCUUGGAAAAGUUUGUUGAGGGAUUGUAGCAUCCACAAAACAGCAGCGAACUGGAGAACUGCAAUGGUGGAUGGGAAGGGGUUCUUUCUCUCUUGCCCUGUCUCCCCCCACUUUGUUAUAUAUAAAUAUAUAAAUAUCUAUCCCUCCCAUUCUUUCCACCUUCCUUAUGGACAUUUGUUUUAAUUUUUAUUUGCCUACUCAUUGCUGGUCUGCACAUCAGGGACACAGGGUCUCAGUCUGGACUGAGACCACCGCCCAUUUGCCAGAUUCAAAGCCUGCACUGUCGAGGAGGAUGGCAGCGCGCUGCUGAGCACCGCCUUCACCUUUCUCUUGCAUUGUCAGUGGCUGCUCUGAGUUUCGACACAAUUGAACCUAUUUUGUGUAUCUAGAAUUUUGUUUUAUGUAUUUGUUUUGUUUUUUUUUUUUUUGUUUUUUUUCUCUGAAGCUGACCAGAAGGCCAAAAUGUAACCCUCCUUCUAUAAAGAUGUCACAAUGUCCGCCGUCUGGUCUGGGGAGAAAAAAAAAAAGGGGGGGGCAACUGGCCCAGGAGCGAUAGAGGAACUACCCUUCUUCCAUCCUAACUCUACCACGGAGGGGGUGGGGACACUUUUUUUCCUCCUCUGCCAGAUUGGUGCGGUCUUGCGUCUGGCAGCGAAGGGUUGAACUCUUUCAAUUACGCUAAUGUGUGUAAUUCUCUCUUAUUCUUCUUUUUUGAGGACUGUCUUAUCGGGUGUUCUCCUGCAGCUACAAGAGCCUAAAACAAAGUUGGGGGGUGGGGAUGGGUUCACUUUUGCCACUUGUAACUACAUCAGUUUUUUUUAUUUUUUCCAAACUGGGAAUAAUUUUAUUUUAUUAUUUUUUUUUUUUUUCAUGGGACAUUUGUAAAAAAUAAAUAAAAUAAAAAUAAGGGGGGAAAGGGGAAAGGAUGCUGUAUAAAAAAGAAAAAAACAUGAAAAACUCAUGGUUUACGUUCCUUUUUUCCCCCCACCUCCUUUCUGGAAACCCCAGACAUCAGAAAAGCUCUUCCACCAAAUGUUCCCAGCAUAAAAUCACCCCCUCCUGGCCGCUCCCGUCUCCUUCCCAUCCCUCUUGUACAGUCUCUUUCUGCAAAGCCAGAGUCCGAAGUCGUGCAAUCCGAUUUCACCAUCCUUUAGAGAAAAAAAAUAUCCCUACCUUUUUAUUUUAUUAUAAUUAUUUUUUUAUAUAUUUUUUUUUUUAUUUUUUUUUUUUUUUUUUACAUCUGGGGCAUGAAAUGGAAAGAAAAAAAAUGACUCCCUCGAUCCUUUUUUGGGACUGUGUAUUUAAAAAAAAAAAAAAAAAAACACGACGAGAAGUGAAAUCCAAGCAAUCAAUGUGGAAAUCAUGCUCGUUCUACCACCUCCCCCCCCCCCCCCCGGCCCUCCUCCUCCUCCUUCUUCUUCAGUAGGCGCAAAAGUCGGGAAUACACACACAAAACGUAAAAAUGACUGAAUCAUUGUACAGUAUGGUAGAACGCGUGACGAAGAAACGUGGGAGCAUUUCUUAACCUAUGACAUUGUUAGCCACUUUGCUGUCAGAAGGGAGAGGGGGCGAUUCCUUUCAUCCCUCUGGCAGGGAAGGGGUGGAAAUACUGUCUUGACAGCAGCUAUUUUCAUGCUGAGUAAAAGUGUACAUGGUAUUAAAACUUCAGUGUUUCAGGUUUCUUCUUUUUCCAUUUAUUUUUUUUUUUUUUUUUGUUUUUUUUUUUUUUUGUUAUGAAAAUGCUGUUUUGGACAUUGUAUGCUGGACUAUGCAUGUUUUUAUUUUUAUUUUAUUUUU